UUGUCAACACGUUACACAUCGAUUUCCUUGGAUUAGUGGUAGAAAUUGGUAAAAAUCAUUCAAAUCAAAUCGGAUUUUUAAUCGAAGUUUGUUUUUUUAAACAAUAACAAAUCAAAUAAACACUCAAAUAAUUAAUUUUCGCAGGGAAAAAAGUGCUCAUCAGCUGUUCCUUUUACACGUUAUUUCUGCGUAUAUGAAAUCAGAUGUUAUGUUCUAACAAUUUCCAAUUGCAAUCAGCGCUGCCAUACUGGUCAAAACAAAAAACCACAGGUUUCUAAUACCCAGUAGAAAAAUCUUUAGGAAAUAAAAAUGGCUGAACCUCUUCAUGAGGUGACGCCGAGAAACAGUCUCAGCUCAAUUACAGUAAAUAAAAUAAGAGAAUUAGAAAAAACUAACUCACUUAUAAAUGCGAGACUUAGAACUUUGGAAGCGAUGUGCAAUCAGUUACAUAAAGAUAACAUGGAAUUAAAAAGAGAAAACGAAGAACUAAAAUCCAGUAGAAGCAAGCAUGUGAAUGUUGAAGCAAAACCUUACGAAACCGAUGAAGAUGAGCUAGCUAAAGAAACUGAGUGGAUGCUCAAAAAACAGCGCUCUUCAAAAAAACGCAAAGCGGAUACUUCUCCAACAAUUGUCAGCCCUUCGAAAAAUAAAAAUAAAGAGCAGGCGGCAAACAAUGAUACUAAAACCCACCGCCCACCUCCUAUUAUAAUUAACGACGUAAAGGAUUUUAAUAAAUUACGUUCUAAUAUUACAGAUCUAAGUAAUAAUAAAAACUUUUUAAUAAAGCUUUUGAGUAACGGCGUCUACAAACUUAAUGUCUUCGAUGAAAACAAUUAUCGCACAAUAACAAAAUACUUAUCUAAUGAAAAUAUACCUCGGUUUAGCUACGAGAGUAAACAUAAUAGGCCAAUAAAGGUAAUGAUAAAAAAUUUACACCACUCAUGCGAUACACAAUUCAUUUUAAAUUAUCUAAAAUCUCAAGGUUUUAAGGUUAUGAAUGCAACUAAUAAGCUUAAAUGGAAGACUAAAGAACCGCUAGAUAUGUUUUUAGUAGUAUUUGAUGCCACCAAAGAUAUUAAGAAAAUUCACCAGAUCAAAACCAUUCUUAGUAGCGUUGUCAAAGUUGAGCCUAUUAAAGCAUCUAAAUAAAUUCCACAGUUCAAAAACUGCCAAGCUUUUGGACAUACAAAAAACUUCUGUGAUAAGCCAUCGGGGUGUGUGAAAUGUAAAGGCAAACACCCUACUAUUGAAUGCCGAAUAGCUGAAAAAGACCCUGCUAAAUGUUGCAACUGCGGCGAUUCUCAUCCUGCAAGCUACCGUGGUUGUGUCGUCGCAAAAGAAUUGCAAAAACUUAGAGAUAAAAAUAAUGGUAAUACAAUUGAGGAGAAUGCCAAUGCUCCGACAAACAAACCCGUGGUGAACACAGGAGAAGUAAAAUCCCUUCCUUCCGUUUCUAAAGUUUCAUUUGCGCAAAUGGCUAAACAAGGACAUACAAAUACAAUUCAAAAAAGUAGUCCGUUAUCCCAAAUUUUGGAUAAACUAAAUGAGCAAGAAAAAAUUUAAGUCCUUUAAACAUGCGCGAGUAAAGGAACGAACCUUUUGUUUCAGUAAACAGAAUGCAAACAACCUUGAGUUGGAACAAUUGAAAUGCAGUAUCACUACAACAAACAAUCCUAAACAAACAAGUAUCAAAACAACAUUGACUUUGAAUAUCACAACAACCUUAUCUUAAAACAAUGAAAAUGUAUCUAAGCAAACAAUAUAUAUGUAAACAAACAUAAACAAAUAAUUAAUCUAUAUGUAGACAAACUAUCAACUAUUUAGUAAUAAGUAAAUAUACUAGUUAGUAUAAAUAGAAGUAAGAACGAUGUAAUAAGUUAGUCUUAAUAGUAGGGGAAGGUGGGGACUGUUGGGGAAUCCCGGGCCAGCGCGAUAUUUUUUUCCCUAGUACAGGUUGACAGCUGCAACCAACUGUCAUCGGCUCGUCUCAUACUAAGCUCAGUUUCUAUAUAGCACUCGAGCUGUGAACACGUGUUAUAACCUCUCUGCGACAACAAAAAGAAAUUCGACACUCCGAAAGUUUUUUUUCAACUCUGUGUACAGUUGAUUUUUUUCACAUUUUCCAAUAAAUUCAUCCAGGUAAAUAUGUUUAUAAUAUUCGUUGAGCCUUUAGCCUUCGACACACAAAAGAAAUUUUGCACGAAUUUACAUUGUGUUCAUUAUCCACCGCCAUUUCGCAAAUAUGUAUGAGCGUUUGGGGAAUGUCGGGCCACAUAGUUUUUUACAUUUGACAUGUUAACUUCAUAUAUUUGACGUGUAUAAGUGAUUUUUCGUGCAGAAUUUCAACAACACAAUAGUUUUUCAACAUUUCCUGAUAGUUUCGUGCUCCGAAAAAUUUUUUUUAGUCAUUAUGCCGCGGUACUAUCCCAAACAAGAGAAAAUUGUUGAUUUCGACAACAUUUUGGAGGCGAUCAAGUCGGUGAAAAUACAUCACAACAGCGUUCGACAACCUGCGACGGCACACAAUAUUCCGAGGACCAACCUGAUGCGUUAUAUUGCAGCAUUUGAUGGUGCGAGCAUCGACGUUACUACUGCCAAUGCCGAUGUAAUGAAGAAUUUGCUGGCUGAAAACACGACGAUGGGCACAAAAACAAUCGUCAACAUCGAACAAGAGAAGGCGCUGAUAAGCUACAUUCUCCAGGCCAGCGACAUCAACUAUGGAAUUAGUUUGAUGGAGCUUCGUAAGCUCGCGUAUGAAUUUGCUCGGAAAGUUGGCGCGUCGUAUCCGGAUCCAUGGAACGACAAUCAACAGGCGAGUAAGGAUUGGCAGUUGGCGUUCAUGAAACGCCACAAAAAUUUAUCACUGCGAACACCAGAGCAAGUAAGCCAGAGCCGUGCGAAGCGAUUCAACAAAGAGAAUGUCGAUGCAUUCUUUGCCAACCUUUCAUCCGUUCUCGGUAGGACGCCGUUUGAACCUCACCGAAUAUGGAACAUGGAUGAAACCGGGUGCCCGACCGUGCCAACCAGACCUGUCAAAACCAUCGCGCGCAAAGGACAAAAGCAGGUCGGCCCAUCAACAUCUGCCGAAAAAGGCACCAAUGUGUCUUUGGCUUUGGACGUCAGCGCUAGUGGCCAGUCUAUACCGCCAUUCUUCCUCUUUCCCCGAGUCAACAUGAAAGAGAUUUUUAUGACUCAUGCGAGUCAUGGCGCUGUUAGUGUUGCGAACGGUUCUGGUUACAUGAACUCUGACGUAUUCCCUCAAUUCAUGCGUCAUUUCAUCAAGCACACCGGUGCUAAUGCCGAUUCGCCAACCAUGUUGCUGCUGGACAACCACGGUUCGCAUUUAUCGAUCGAGGCGAUAGAUUUGACGUUGAAUCAUGGCAUUACGUUGCGAAAAUUUGUUCGGUGACGAAGAGAAAGACGCCGACAAUCAACGUCGAGUUCUUGCCUCUGGUGAUGCCAUUGUGACUGCUGCGAAUGAGGAGGUGUCAACGUCGGAGGCAUCGACAAGUGCCCCAGCUUUAACAAGUGGUGCUGCAUCAUCGUCGUUGUCUCUUGUUUCGGCUCCACAGCUCCGUGAUGCAUUGAAAUCGGUUGGCCCGUUGAAAUUGGGCACACCUGCGCCGAAAUCAAAACGUGGCCGCAAGACAAUGGAGUCAACGAUUUUGACAUCGCCUGAGGUUGUCGCAGAUCUGCGUGACAAGGCCGAAAAAAAGCGGCAAAAAUUGACGAAGGCAGCCGAUGAACCAGCAGCCAAGAAGCAAAAAGGCCGUGGCAAAUCGAAGACGCCACGGAAGAGAAGCCCGUCUCCGACCGAAACCGACAUCGAAGAGGACUUCGAUUUUUGCACGAUUUGCAAGAAAAAGAUGCCAAAGCACGAGAAUCGUCAAAACACGGCCCAUUGCAUCGUUUGUGAUCGAGGGGUUCACUUGAAAUAUGCCGGACCGAACCCGAACACUUACACCUGCAUCCACUGCGAGUCGGAAUAAUUUUUUUCGCCAAUUCCUAUUUUUCUUAUUAUCUAUGAAUCUCUUUUUCAUUUCCAUUGAUAAAUAAACGUUUUUCAUCGGUAACAAUCAUGUUUUAAUCGAUUUACAGACUGGCCCGACAUUCCCCACCUUUUUUGUAGAAUUUUAACAAAUAUUUUAUCAAAAGGAAGGUUACGACUCGCACUAUAAAUCCAUGCUUUGGAAUUUUCACAAAAAAUAACUUUUAUGUGACUUUUUAACCGAAAUCAAAACGUGGCCCAACAUUCCCCACCUUAAAUAAAGAGUACACAUUUCGGUGCAGCUCAAAAUAUAUUCUUUUGACUCAUUUUUACUCAAUGUAAAAAUUAACUCGCGCUCAACGCUCUUGAGUAGCAUCUACAGUUUUUUAAUGAACAGUAAAUCUUUGAGAAUAAUGCUAUGGAACGCCAAUGGUCUUUUCAAUAGUAAAAAUGAAUUAGAAGUUAUUCUACACGACAGAAAUAUUCAUAUAUGUAUGUCUAUUAUAUGAAACGCAUUUUAGGCACCAUUCAUUUUUUAAAUUUAAAAAUUGUGAAUUAUAUCACACACUACACCCGGCAAACUCAGCACGAGGAGGGAGUGCUAUAAUUAUCAAAAACAAUAUUGAACAAUGCGAGGAAGAUCCGAUUAAGACGGAAGAAAUUCAAGCUACAACAAUUUCAGUUAAAUUGCGCAAUCACCAAUUGUAUAUUAUUGCUCUGUAUAGUCCACCUAGACAUAACAUAAAAAUUGAAACGUAUAUGAAUUUAUUAAUAAAAAUAUAACGACAGGUACAUCAUUGAUGGCGACUUUAACGCAAAACGCACUCGUUGGGG